AUGGAAGGUGACGCCCCGCCGACAUUGCCCGCCCGCAAGGGCUUGACAAAAUCAGACUCCAACGCCUCCGCUGGCGGCCGCUCCGUCAAAUCAGUUUCAGUUGUCGGUUCGCAUCCUCUAGGAUCGCUUCAUGUGCAUCAGCCUGCGGACGAGGUUCAUGUGGAAGAAGAUGACGACCUCCCGCCACCCCUCGACCCUCCGGUUGGACAGAGUGAGGAUGGUGGCAGCUCCAUCCACAACUCAUCUAAGGGGAGCUCGUUCAAGUCGUUUCCCGCCUGGGAGCCACUGACGCACAACUUGGGCGGUGGCGACGUGGUUCUCGUCCUUGACCUGCCCGAAGUCUUCACCGUCGGAUAUGAUUCUCUGUCUUUCACGGCAAAGCAUUUCGGUGGCGUCAGAGAUAUACCACCAGGUCCUCACUUCUUCUGGGUUGCUCACCCAGGAGGUAUUUCUACCCGAUGUGGUAUCUGGAUCGUUACCACUGGCGUGAACACCGUUCACGUCUUGCAAUGGGACAGAUUCAACGAAGUUCUCGGUGACUCUGCUCGGGCUGAGGCACGCAUCCAGGCAGACAACCUUGACACUAUCCACUCCAAGCUUGUCCCUUAUCAUGAUCCCAGCGUUGUCAACGCAGCUAGCGGAGAGCUCUCUCAGACUUCUUCGGAAAAGAAUCUCAAGAUGUGGGAGCAGUUGACAGGCAGAAUUACCAAGGGUGUCCUCAACCGUGUCACGGGGCAACAUCCUGACAACUGGGCGGUUCAUACGGGUGACCGCGUCAAGGGCUCAAUACUCAUGGCCGCAGAGAUAGAGCUCGAUGAAUCGAUAUCCAACCCGCUUCUCAAAGCUCGCGAGCUGAACUUCAUCUUCGGCCAGCGGUCCAAGACAUACUCGACUGAUAAUACCGGCGCUGACCGAACACUCGAAGCUACAGACGCAACGCCCUACAUUUUGUCGCUCGUUGACAAUAAUAUUACCUCUGAUGACAUUGUCGGCGAGUUCCAAUUCUCUUAUGUCGUGGGGAUGCAUCUAGGGAAUGACUCGUGCAUCCAACAAUGGUGGCAUAUGCUGCUCAAGUUAUUCCUCCGAGCAUAUAUCCUCCCCGCCCGUCGACCGGACCUUGCCGCUGCCUUCAUCCGCAGCCUCACUGCUCAGUUAUCCUACAGUGCGUCUUGGCUUGAUGGCUCUGUUCUUGACUAUUCCGACUCGCAAACCCGCGAGCUACGCCUCGCGCUUACAGUCUACAAACGGCGUCUCGAUGAACUCCUCCUUGGCCUCGGAGCCCAAGCCACCCCCGAGCAACUAGAUGUCGGCACUGCCUUUGCAGGACUCGAGGCAUUUGUUGCCGGCUCGCUGGAUUGGGAUCUCCGGGGCGCCUACCUUCGCCGCGGGAAUGUUAUGAUGGAGGAUGGAGAACAGGUGGAGCUCGAAGUUGCAGAUCUGGCUGCCGAAGACGAACGCGGCGAGUGGGCGCCGGAGAUCGUGGACCUGGAUGAGUCUGGAAGACAGCGUGAUCUCGUCUCAUGGAACGACUAG